AUGGUUGUAAUCCACCAAGCUUGUUGGGCUAUCCAAGCAGGCGAGUGCACGCGGGCUGUGGUGGGUGGUAUUAACCUAAUUACAAACACAGCCUUAUUUCAGGCCCUGCACGCGGGUGGCUUUAUUAACCUAACUGGCGCCUGCAAGAUGUUUGACGCACAUGCAGAUGGUUACUGUCGUGGUGAGGCUGUUAGUCUUAUGGUACUAAAAUCACUUUCUAGGGCUUUGAAUGAUAAGGAUCACAUUAAUAGUAUCCUGUUGGCUACUGCUAAUAACCAGAAUUUAAAUUACACCUCUAUUAUAAACACGGUUCUGGAAAGCUAA